GAAAGUGAUGUGGCUGGUGCACUGCCUGUGAAAAUUUGUUGUAAAGAUGAAGCAGGACAAUUGAUUGAUAUUUCAGAACAUCUUAUUAAAAAGGGUUUGGCUUUUAGAAACAGAAGAACUGAUAAAGCUGAUGUGGCUUGCACAGUCUCCAAGGAACAUCCUAGAGUACAUUUAGAGCAAGAGAAUGCACAGCUGGAUGGUUGUAAUUCAGAAACUGCAUGUGUGAAAAACAGCACUGCUCCAGAGGAGUACAUCACUGCUGCAGAGAGUGAACGACAGUCAUGCAAAACAUACAUGGCACCGCUUCAUUCAGGAAUGGAUGAAAUGUAUAAAUCCCCCAUUAUACCUGAAGCAAAAAUUUUUCAAGCUGUCGUAAGUUGCGUUGGACAUGAUGGAACUAUUUAUAUAAUACCAAAAUCAUUUGAAACUGCACUAAACAAAUUGAUGACUGAAAUGCAGAGUAACUUCAAAGGCCUUGGGCUUAUGCAACCCUACUGCUGGAAAAAUGGAGAAGCUUGUGUUGUAAGAGGAUCAGAUACCUUGUGGUAUCGAGGUAAAGUUGUGGAACUCGGUAGUAGUGCUCUCCAGGUACACUACAUAGACCAUGGUUGCACCGAGAGGAUUCCUCAGUGUCAUCUGUAUCCAACUACAUUGUAUACUAGUGUUCCUCCAUUAUGCAUACCAUGUCAACUCUACAAGACAGUACCAAUUGGAAAUUUUUGGCAGCAGGAUGCAGUAGAUUGCCUUCAAGAACUACUUACAAAUGAAGAGGUUGAAAUACAUGUUCAGGAGUUACCGGAUAACCCAUGGGGCAAGUUGUCCAUCGACCUUUAUUUUGGUGGAAUGUCGCUUUCUGCCUUCAUGGCUUACCGGAAGUACUGCGUUGCUGAGGACUGUCAGGACAUACCAGAGUUGGACCUACUUCAAGGAGAUGUUCCUGUUUCGCGUUCCUACACAUUGCCACCGCUGCCUAUUCCAGGAGAUACUUUUCCUGUCAGAGUUACCCAUUUGGUGUCCCCUAAGGAGGUCUAUAUCUGUCUUGAUCCUUCCAAGAACGUUGUGAAGCAGUCUGCCACAGAGGGAGAUGCCAACUGUGACGUAUUCUUGGAGAGCCUUGAUGAAGCCCUCAAGUGGUGCAAUAAAAGUGUGGAAUCUCUUCCUCUAGUAACACACUUUGAAGCAGAAAUGCCUUGCCUUGUAGAAUACCAGGAUGGUUUAUGGUACAGAGCAAAGGUCCUCUCCAUUGAAGAAUUUGACCCUGUUAAGAUCCUGGUUCAGUUUGUUGACUACGGUAGUUUUUCAGUUGUCCCAACAAGCAGAUUGCGCCACAUACCUUAUAACCUGCUGAAGUACCCUGUUCAGGCAGUACGAGCUCUGUUGGAUGGAUUUAAACCUGCUUCAUAUGAUGAAGACGUGAAAAGAAUUCCUUAUUCCCCGGAAUGGAGUGUGGAAGCAUUGUGGGCUAUGAUGGAGUGCGUUGAAGGAAAACAACUCUCUGCUUCCAUGCUUGCUCUUUCACCAGAGGUCACCAUUUCUUUGUAUGAAGAUGACAAAAAGCUAGUUCAUAUGAAACUGAUAGAAAUGAGACUUGCAGAGUUGGAUGAGCAACAUCAUUUGAACUCAACGUCCUCUGCCAGUGGUUCUCAGACCAGUCCAUAA